CGCACCACGGCUAUGGACAUACUUAACAGCGGUGGCGAUUGGAAGCCGCAAAUACCGUAAUUUUUUUAUUUCUCAUUUAACUGCUUGCAACACACGUGUGUUUGUGUGUCUUGGAAAAGUGAAAUUUUUAUAGAUAAUUUGGCGUAAAAAAGUUACCGUUAGUAACUGUACAACAAAAAGAAUUUUACAAAUUUUCUUAGAAAAUAUCGUAAAAAUGUGUAUUAAUUUGCGUUGAAAAUGUGAAAUUCAUAAAACUUAAUUAUCACACCUACGUAUGUAUGUAUAUGUAUAUGUAAACAUUCAUUUUACAAUCAUAAUCUCAAAUUCCGAGUUGAGUAAAAGAAAACAUUAAAAGGACUAGUGAUAAAUAUUAUACCUAUCAAACGACGUCAUCACAAUCUCGUCAGCAGCAUGUCAAAGAAGCUCUUCAUACUUGUUCUAACCGUAGCGCUGGUGGUGACGAUUUUUAUUGACAGUGCUCACAGCUCGGCGGUGCUGAUCUCCGAUAACACUAUGUCCGUAAUGGUGGAGCUGUCAUCGCGCCAUCCAUUUUGUAAAAUGCAUACUGAUCGCGGUGAUAUUCAGCGCAUGUUACUACAGUCCGAUCCUAGACGCAUACGUCAAGUGCCACGUGAAUCGGUGAUGGAGCUAGAGGAAGUAUGUUUGAAGUCCGGCUCGUAUGGCCGAGAGUUUAGAGGAGGCUUAGGAUUUAUCUAUCCGGGCACGAAAUGGUGUGGACCAGGCUCCACCGCACUCGAUUACAAUGACUUGGGACCACAUAUCGCUGAGGAUCGCUGCUGUCGCGAACACGAUCACUGUCCGAAUGUAUUGACUGUGGGCGAGUGUCGACGUGGUCUUUGCAAUACGGGCACAUUUACACGUUCGCAUUGCGAUUGUGACGCGCGUUUGCGUAAAUGUUUGCAAUCGCUCAACACAGAAACCGCAAACACACUGGGCGCCAUCUUCUACAAUGUCGUACAGGUCACAUGCUUCCAGGAGCGCAGUCCGUGCUCUGCACACCAAAGGUUCGAAGAUUUCUUUUAUCGCACAAAUCGUUGUGAUAUUACAUAUCGUCAAGCGGACCUCUAUGUGCCGCCCAAUGCGGGCAAUGUCAUUGAAAAGAUACUCUCACAUCCCUAUGGUUUGCCGCAGAAGUUCUAUUCAUAUCCAGAGCCCACGCAAGGCAAUGAAUAUUAUAGUCGUUCCUUGCGCUCGGACAAUGGUCCGGGUUUUAAACAAAAUUUAAACUCUUUAACACGUCGUUUAGGUGUUAAAGUCGCAUCUGUGGGUUUGGCUGCAGUAAAUAUUUUUCGUGAGAUCGUACAAAGACCACGUGUGCUUUGGGAUACUUUCAAUUCUCGCGCAAGUCCUGAAUUACCGCCCAAUAGAGGUAGUAAUAGUGGACGGGGUUAUUAUUAUGGUAGAGCUGAACGUGAAUCGAGCUCUUAUUAUAACCACAGAGGCGGUGUAUCAUCGAAUAAUUUCUGGGACUAUUGACUCGGGGCGCCAAAGACUGACGGGAGUUGGAGACUUAUUUAGUUCUCAAUAGUUAUAAAUAAUUUUAAGUUUUUUUUAUUUAUUUUUGUAUUGUAAUUUGAUAUA